UGCCGGUGGUACAGGGAGCUGGAUGUGGAUGUUGAAACAUAUAACCCGAUAAACAGCAACGUGCCUGUCCGUUUCGUAACGGUUUGACAAAGUUAGUUCAAUUGAUCCGUUAUCGAUUUCGGAAGGAUGAAGUAAUGUCCUCGUCGUGGACUGAACGGCAGGGAUACAUUGGUGAUCUUCUAGGCAAGAGUAAAGAUGAGCUCUGUGACAUUUUAUACCGCCAAGAGAAACUACUUUCUAACAAGCGGUUCGUUCAGUCCCUUCCUGAUAAAGGGAGGAAGAUAACAGACUUUGUGCAGAGACUGCGCCUGGCCCUGGUCCACCAUGAAGAGGAGGAGAGAAGACGGGACAUGUUGUCAUCUGUGAGGACAGAGUUUCAGUCCAAAUAUCAGCAGGCCCUGUCCCAGCGGCAGCAUGGGAAUCCUACGGACACUCCAAAUGUGCCACUCUCUGAAACGUCUUUCUCAGUCCCAACUCGCCAGUCGAUGAACCGGCAGGAUUUCCUGUUGAAAGCCCCGCCUGCGGAUAAUGCUGUCAGUGCUGCUGACUUAAACGAGCCUGCUGUUGUAAGCAUGGAGACGGCGUCUGACGGCCGUGCUGAACUCUCAGCGGCCGCUGCUAGGACGGAAGAAAAAGACCUUGUUGAGGCCUUGGGGAAGGUCACUCUGACAGACGGCGCAGCUGCUCCCAGCAGGUUGUCAGGUGCUGAGAGCAGCGACUGCACUGGAGACGAUCCGUUCCGCGGCAAACCGCCGCAGAAGAAGCCCCAUUACAUAGAUGUCCUGGAGAAGUCCGAGAAGAGUGCAGCCACAAGGAAGCCAAAGUUCAAACCAAAUCACCUGCCCCAGAAGUUUGGUGGCUCUCCGACAGGCUCCACUCCCGGCCAGUCCCCUGGUGUGGUGCCCCAGGCCCCUGGUGUGGUGCCCCAGCCCCCUGGUGUGGUGCCCCAGGCCCCUGGUGUGGUGCCCCAGCCCCCUGGUGUGGUGCCCCAGGCCCCUGGUGUGGUGCCCCAGCCCCCUGGUGUGGUGCCCCAGCCCCCUGGUGUGGUGCCCCAGCCCCCUGGUGUGGUGCCCCAGCCCCCUGGUGUGGUGCCCCAGCCCCCUGGUGUGGUGCCCCAGCCCCCUGGUGUGGUGCCCCAGCUGUCUGCCGACGCCCGGCGAGAGAGAGACAGGAAGCACCUGGAUGACAUCACUGCUGCCAAACUGCCCCCGCUGCACUACAGCCCUGCCCGGCUCCUGUCAUUGGAGGAGUCUGUGGCCCUGCAGCAAGAGCACAACAGGAAGCACAAGGACCUGCAGGCCAAGAUGGCCGCCCAGAAACUGAGUGGGCGGCUCGGCGUCGGCAUGACAACCUACCGCCCGGAUGUGGGCCAGGAGGCUGGAUACAGGGAGUCGCACGCUGACGAAGCCAAACUCUCCUCCGACGAGGAUUAGAUUACCCUGAAUGUAGGCGGGACCUUUCUGCUUUCCUGUCUCCUGAUUGGGCAGAGCUGUUGGCAGUCCUGCGGGGGCGUUUUUUUAAUGAAAGGUCAAAGGGCCUUAAGGUGGUUUUGAAAAGCUAGUAUGGCACUCUUUAUUGCAGAUGCACUGAGCAUAUCAGCUCUGGGACACUAAUUCAUAGACUUGGCCGACUCCUGAAAUGAUGACCAGCUCAGCUGGUUUCUACAGAAACCUCAUUGAUACUGAUUAUCAAUCUCAUCCAGUAUUGUUUAGACAUCCCUUUACGACGUCCCUUAGUAAACGAUACUCUGCACUUGAUAUAUCGAAUAUCAGUCUGAAGGAGAUGGGUGUUCUUGUGUGUUACAGUGAAAUGACUACCAAAACACCACCAGUGACCAUGCUGUAUAUCGAUGGUGUCCUGUUUAAACGUAAUAUCCCCAGAAAAUGGAAUUCUCAGGAACCGGAAAAAAAAGAAAAACUGCUUCCAUUUUCCAAUUACCUGUGAGAAUUAUCACUUGGGGUUUUGACCUUUAUUAAUUCUUGAGUUAUGAAACUCAGAUAGCGCCUGAAGAUAACCUGCACGGUUUUUGCAUGCUGUUAUGCAAAGAACUUGGGAAAAUAAUGAUGAAACCACUGAGUCAACAUAUUUUUGUACUUUUUCAUCCGUACUUAUUUAAAAUAAAACUGCUUCCAUACAGUA